CUCACUUGUUGACUCCCGACUCCUUUGUUGACCCCGUGCCAAUUCAAGUUCCAAGCGCACCUGCAAGCCCAAGCCCCCAACCCCUUUCCCUGUCCCCUUUCUGCCAGCGCAUUCCUGCCUCAGGCAUAGCUCCGCUCAGGCACGCACAUCUCCACCGCGUCUCCAUCCGCAUCCCCAGCUCGCCGCCGCCCUGAAAAAAAAAUAGGAAGGAAGGCUUGGUAGGCAAAAAGUCACCAGGUACCUACUUCUGAACUUGGUCCGUUCUUGCACAACCACCACCACUACUACCACCACCACUACCACCACUUGCAACCCACGAGAAAGUUUCCCUAUCUCACCCUACCCGUCUUGGGUCCUGGAUUUCCUCCUGCCCUCAAUCCAAACCUCCCAUACCUCCUCAUCCCCAUCGCUCAUCCGCACUCCCCUUUGACCACCGAAUCCUGCUCGUACCAAGCACUUCCACUACGGUACUCACCACCGCCGGCCUUUCGCCUACGCCACACACAUCCACAUCCCACAGCGUCGGUCUCUCCGCUAGGAUCGCGUUCCGGUCUUCGCCCUCACCCCAUCAAUCCAUUUAGUUGUCGGAAGCUUCACAGACCCUACCUUGACCACCUAGUGCAAUUUGUUGCCCAGGACGUCCAGAUCCUCAAUUUCUCACCAAACUCAACACCACGCAGAGAUACGGAGCCCUCAACACUUUCUGGACGUGUUUGCCCUGCCGGAGUGAAUUCAAAUUCCCAUCCGAGCCACUCCGUCAAGACUUGUCAAUAGUCCAAUGUUAGUGAAUAUCAACACUCGGUCGCGUUUGGUUUCGUUUCGCAGAAUAUCCACUAACCCACACAGUCCGUCCUCCAGUCUCAAAGCCAUCAAGUCACCCUCGAUUCGCAAAACACAAUCGCGGCGCUCGAUUUCCUAGACUCGACACAACCUCAAACCCCGUCCUCUUUAUUCCACGAGGAAAAUUCUUCGAUUCCACCACCCUUCGCCCGUCAGGAAACUGGUCAACAUACCUGGCUCAGUCUUCCCUUUGAUAAUCACAAACACAUUCUGUAACAAGGUGAUAUCGACAGCGAGAAUUCCCUGUGCGCUUGGUCAAAUCGGGUUCGAGAUUGACACGGUCCUGACGUUGGUUGCUACUCUGUACAGUCGACAGGUCAGUUCAUCAGACGAACCUCUGGCUCCUGCCUCCAACACUGCACCCAUCCGCCUGGUAUCAUCAAAGAAGGAAACAAUUGUAGGGAUUGGAGUUUCUCUCAGUGACACUUGAUCCAGCCUCUGGUUCCCGCCAAUUAUUUGGGUCUCAUCCCAUUGCCUCUUCAUCUCCAUAAUAUCAGUCUCUAGACCUGAAAAUUUUCAAUAAUUUGCCUCGCUGCGAGACUUUGAAAGACUUCAAAGUUUCAGCAGGAGAUUAGUCAAAUCUAAUCUCUAGUCCAGAUCGCCCGUGCGCACAGAAUUCCAUAUUCGUAUACCGGCAUCCACAUUGGCAGGACAGCAGAACUCAGCCAGGUCAGUCUAACUAUUAUUCGUUGUCAACCUCCCUACUUCGAGUUGAGGUGUCCGGGUGGAUGCAUGUUCACAUACUAUCCACUCUCUCUGGCCUAUGUUGUUCAUUGAAAAUGCGAGAAUGGGCGGUGAACCGGUGCGGCUGGACCCCAGCCCGGAAUUUCUGCCCGCUGUCACAAGUAGCUAUGCUAUAACAAAAGACUGACAUUUGCAGAGCAGGACCUUUAUUUGAGAGAAACUACUUGCACCUGAAACUUUCAGCUUCACCGAAAUUUUUGUUUUUGCCUCGUGAUAAUAGUAGGCGUUUGGCCAAUAACGCUGUCGCGAGAAUUUCUUGUUCACGCACUGUGAAUUGCCCUUCAACCCAACAGCUGCCUCCCGAGACAUUGCCCGGCUUCGAGACAUUGCCCGGCUUCGAGACAUCGCCAGAUUCCCGAAUCUGGCCUUGAAAAGCUGGACGAACGCUUGAUCCAAGCGUCCAACCUCUUCUAGAGAAGUUCAUUCUUCUUUGCCUCUUCCGCCAUAUCUGCGCGGACCCCAAAACCGUACUCGCUAGUAUGGACAUUAAGCAAAUCGUGAAUUCGAAAGGAGGAAAAGGCGCAGCUGCAGCCGCUGCCGCAGCAAACGGCUCUCCCCAAGAUUUACAACUUCUACAACAAAUUCAACAACAGGUUAACAACAUGCCCAUGUCAGACGCAGGCUCUGAACGAGCCAAUUCGCCACAUGAUUCCGAGCGCUCACACUUCUCCGCUCCUCGUUAUGGCCCUCGCAUGAAUGGAAUGAAUGGGGGCUCCCCAGGAGGCAUGCGAUACCCAUCUCCAACCGCCAUGCAAAGCCCGAUGCCCAUGAUGCAACAGCCAUAUCAACAAAAUGCCAAUUUCCAACCUAUGAUGCAACAAGAAAAUACCCGACCACCGCGUCAAACUGGUGAUGGAGCUCCAAAGGCCUUUCCCUGUAGUACUUGUGGUAAGGGGUUUGCGAGAAGAAGUGAUUUGGCGAGACACGGUAAGCUCUACAUCUUCUACAUCUCCCACAUCCCCGGAUCGAGGCUGAUACUGAUUCUGCCUAGAACGCAUUCAUACUGGGGUACGGCCACAUGUUUGUGACCAUCCUAAUUGUGGCAAGCAAUUUAUCCAGCGCUCUGCCUUGACUGUUCAUAUGCGAGUACAUACUGGAGAGAAACCUCAUAUGUGUGAGAGAUGUGGAAAGGUAAGCCUCGGCCAAUGUUCUCUUUCCAAUGACCUUACUGACCAUCCACAGCCUUUUAGUGACUCCAGCUCUCUAGCGCGCCAUAGGAGAAUCCAUUCGGGAAAGAGACCUUACAAGUGUCCUUAUGCAGAUUGCCAAAAGACCUUUACCCGACGAACCACCCUUACCCGUCAUCAAAACCACCAUACAGGGACCGUUGAGGAGGCAGCAGCUGCCACUGCCGCAGCUUUGGCUACUCGCAGUAAUCACCCGGGUCGUCGCUCUGAUGGUGAGCCAUACUCGAAUACCGGCUCUCCAUUGUCAACCCCGUCGCCUUUGCAACGAGGUCAAACUGCUUCUCCCAACUCGGAGCUAGCGCCUUUGAACCAGGGAAUGCCACGUCAUCCACAGGAGUACCAAUACAUGAACAACAGCCCGCUGCCAGGUCACUUGCGGGGGGAAUACCACAUGGCCAAUCAACCACCGCCAACCACGGCCUCAUUCGCCAAUUCCAUGCGCCCAACAUCCCACCCCAAUGGUUAUGGACCACCGUCCGUCUUGGAGCCGCCUUCUCAUGAUCGUCAAGGGGGAAGUACAAAUGGAAGUGUCAAUGGUAGCCCUCACAUGAGCAACGCUGGCUGGGCAUCUCCUUCGCAUAGCAUGCCCUCUCCCUCACAAAGCAGCAGCUAUGUCUACCCAGACCCAGAUUAUGGAUCCGCUGCGCAGAUGGGUCAAAUGUACUACGCCAACUCCAACGUACGAAGACCGCAAAGUACUGAACCAGAUGGAUACGAGGUCAAGCCUAGAAUGACGGAGAUGUGGGCAGGAGCUCAGUAAUAAUACACAUCAGCGAAUUAAUUCCCACGGAAAUUCUCUGGAGCAUGUUCUCCUUGUGUCACUACGUUUGACCACGAACUUUCCAACAUUCUCCAAAAAAUUGUGUUUGAUACCCCUGUACAUCUCCUUAUUUUAUCCUAUGGAACACGCAGGUCAUAAACUUCACAUCUUCUGAGUCUUUGGCGUCAAAAUGGGGCGCAUUGCAUACAUACAGGUCAUACCACACCUCCAAAAACGGCGUCGUACUUCUCCUUUUUUCCCCAAUAGAUUGUGCUUGUCUUUUUUUCCUCUUCUCCACCUUUUCGUGGGUUUCGGGUUGAUGGUGGUGGAUGAUCAUGGUAUUGAAUCGCUACUCACUGGACCUGAGAACUCCCUCUUUGAGUUGAUAAAGAUUGCGGGAUACGCUAGCUGCGAGGCUACGAAGUUAAUGAUUUUUGUCCAUUUGCCCAGUUUUUUUCCCUCUCUCUCUCUCUCUCUCUCUCUCAUUUUGAUGCAUGGACUGAAUUCAAUGGUGGCUGGCUAUUCCUCGUUUUGCUCCUGGGACUUUUGCUGUGGGGAAGGGGGAGGAGAGGGGGUG